CUCUUGCCAAAAAAGGGUGUGUUUUGCUAUAUCUGCAAGGGUUGUGAGCAGCACACCUAGGCAGCAACUGAAUCUAGUCACUGCAUCGCUAAGCCACUAGACAUUGGGUAGCAUGGCUCUCAGCGCAGCCCAGCUCUUCUCCGUCACCGGCCGCCGCGUGCUCGUGACCGGCGGCGGCUCGGGCAUUGGGGCCAUGGUGGCCGAGGGCUUCGCGGCGAACGGCGCGCGCGUCACGAUCGCGUCGCGCAACGAGAAGGCGCUGGAGGAGACGGCGGCGCGCAUCCGCGAAAGCACGGGCGGCGAAAUAGAUAUAGCGGUCGCGGACCUCGCGUCGCGCGAGGGCUGCGAGGCCCUCGCGAAAGAUUUCGGAGACCCGCUCGACGUCCUCGUGAACAACAGCGGGACGAGCUGGGGCGAACCGAUAGAACGGGAGUCGGGCCGCGCGAACUGGGGCUGGGACAAGGUGUUGGAUUUGAACGUCAAGGCCCCGUUCUACCUGACGCGCGCGCUCCUGCCGGCGCUGCGCGCCGCGGCGAAGGACGGGGACCCCGCGCGCGUCGUCAACGUCGGCUCGGUCGCGGGCGUGGCGCACCAGCCGACGCCGACGCACGCGUACGACGCGUCGAAGGCGGCGCUGCACCACCUGACGCGCAAGUUCGCGAGCGAGCUCGCGCCCGACCUCACGGUCAACGCCGUCGCGCCCGGCUUCGUGCCGUCGCGCAUGUCGCGCGGCCUCGCGACGUGGGGGUUGGAUUUUGAGAGAAUUGCGUCCCGCGUGCCGCUCGGGCGCGUCGGCGGAGCGCCGGACAUGGCGGGCGUCUGCCUCUUCCUCGCGUCGCCCGCGGCGGCCUGGAUCUCGGGCGCGAUCGUCCCCGUCGACGGCGGCCACCUCGCGCGGGGGCUGGACCUGCCGGCCGGGGAGGACUGACUAAGUUGCGUCGUUGUGA